AUGGAUGAGCAAGACUCGGCUGGACCUAAAGCAGGAAGAGGCCAUGCCAUUGAAGAUGGGAGCAGUAGGGGAUUCUGGGAAAACUCUGUGGGGAAGAUCCUGGGUGAGGAGGACACCCUCCACUCAGAUGUGAAUUGCCAGCAGCUCAGGCAGUUCUGCUACCAGGAGGCUGAAGGACCCCGAGAAGUGUGCAGCCGGUUCUACCACCUUGUCUGUCAGUGGCUGAAGCCAGAAAAGAACACAAAAGCUGAGAUGCUGGACCUGGUGAUCUUGGAGCAGUUCCUGGCUGUCCUUCCCCCAGAGAUGGAGAGCUGGGUGAGGGAAUGUGGAGCGGAGACCAGUUCCCAGGCAGUGGCUCUCGCUGAAGGUUUCCUCCUGAGUCAGGCAGAGGAGAGGAAGCAGGCAGAGCAGCAGGUGAGUGUGUCCUUCCUCUGGAAACUCCCAAGGGCUCUGAACAAGAGAUAGAGUAUCUCAAAAUGCAGUACUAAUGUCCCACUGCUUUAUGGAUAGGAUAAGUAAAGGUAAAGGGACCCCUGACCAUUAGGUCCAGUCGUGGCCGACUCUGGGGUUGCGGCACGCAUCUCACUUUAUUGGCCGAGGGAGCCGGCGUACAGCUUCCGGGUCAUGUGGCCAGCAUGACUAAGCCACUUCUGGCGAACCAGAGCAGCGCACAGAAACCUCAUUUACCUUCCCGCCAGAGCGGUACCUAUUUAUCUACUUUCGCAGUGCUUUCGAACUGCUAGGUUGGCAGGAGCAGGGACCGAGCAACGGGAGCUCACCCCAUCGCGGGGAUUCGAACUGCCGACGUUCUGAUCAGCAAGUCCUAGGGACCAAGGAACAGGAGCUCACCCCGUCGUGGGGAUUCGAACCGCCGACCUUCUGAUCGGCAUGUCCUAGGCUCUGUGGUUUCACCAGGCAUAGGCAAACUCGGGCCCUCCAGAUGUUUGGGACUACAAUUCCCAUCAUCCCUGACCAUUGGUCCUGUUAGCUAGGGAUGAUGGGAAUUGUAGUCCCAAACAUCUGGAGGGCCCGAGUUUGCCUAUACCUGCCCUAAAGUGUUUGCCUCUGCCAUUGUUUUCUAAUGGUUUGAAUCUUUGUUGCUCUUUCAGGUUAAAGAUCUGUUGACAGAAAUGGGUCCUGAUUCCUCUGAGGCAAAGAGGACUCCGAUGGACACCAGGGAGAGACCACUAGGUAAGGAGGGAGUUAUUUCUCUCCUUGGUCACAUCCUGCAGAUUCGGAAAUUAAUCUUGGGUUCUUUUCCUCUUUUGUGGGGAGGCUGUUGGGGCCAAGAGCCCAGAGGAGGAGAGAUGUAUUUUUACGCAACUAACAGAUGAAAGGUGUAUGAAUGUCAAAAGGCACUCAGUAGGGUAGACUUCUUCACAGGUCCAUCUGUAGUUAGAGAUGCACUCCUGAACGUCGGAGAAAAGUAGGCAUUCAUGGCUUCCCACUUCCCUUUGUCUCUGGCAGGUGACAGGAUGAUGCCAGCAAGACCUCCUCAUCCAACUUUUCAUGGUAGUGAAGGAGAAGCAGCAGCUAUGGAAGCAGAUCAGGUAGGGGGCAGGAAACUUGUAGGGAGAGAGGUUUUUAAAUAAAUAAAUAAUUUUUUAUUGUUAAAAUAAUUCAGCAUUAAUACACACGUUAUGAAUAUACAAACAUACAUUUCAUACAAUCCUUAAAAAUAUUCAUACAGCCCUUAAAAAUAUUCAUACAUACCCACACAAAAUCCCACAGAUACUUCUUUUUCCCACCACCAUCCCUUACGCCUCAGCCCACUCUUGUGUUGAACUUCCAAUCUACUCAACUGCAAUUUCUUUCCACUUCUAUUACCUUCUUUCACACACUUUUAAACCAAUUUUCUGCUUCUUUUUCUGUUACACAUUGUUGUCCAUCUUAUUAUUUCAGUAUUUAUAACGGAACUUGUUUAUUCUAAUAGUUCUGAUUUUUCCAUAUAGUUUUGCAAGUUUCCUUUAAACACUUUCCAGUCCUUGUCUAUCUUCUGUUUUGAGAUCCUUCCAAUUUCUUCCAUUGUUUUGGAUAUAUUGUAAUACUCCAAUAAUUUGGCAAGCCACUCUGUCGGUAUAAUACCACUUUUCCAAUUUUUCGCAAUCAAUAGCCUUGCGGCUACUGUUGCAUAUAAAUAUAAUGUCUUGUCUUCUUCCUUUAGACUUCCUGGUACUAUUCCCAAUAGAAAACCUUCUGAUGUUUUCCUAAAUUAAUAUCUGAACAUUUUUUUUCAUUUCAUUGUAUAUUGUUUCCCAAAAUUGUUUGAUGUUUAAACAAUUCCACCAUAUAUGCAUCAUAGUACCUUUUCCAGUGUUGCACCGACAGCAGACAUCGUUACAAUUUUCAUUCAUUUUUGCUAUUCUUUCAGGUGUUAAAUACCAUCUAUGUUGUAUUUUAAGGUAAUUUUCUUUCAAUAUAUAACGCAUAGUAAAUUUCAUAUCUUCUUUCCACAAUUUUUCCCAUUGUUUGAGCAUAAUAUUUUCCCAAUAUCUUGCGCCCAUUUAAUCAUGGAUGCUUUAACCAGUUCAUCCUUUGUUUCCCACUCUAAGAUCAGAUUAUAUAAUUUAAAUUUUUUUUUCUUGUAUUAAGUAUUUAUCAAAUUUUGAUAUUUCUUUUUCAAAUCCUAUCUUCUUGCCUUUUGCUAAUCUAUACUUAAUUUGAAUAUAUUGGAACCAAUCACUAAUAUGAGCUUUAAUUUCUGUAUAAUCCUUUAAUUCCAAUUCUCCAUUUUCUUCCUUUAGUACAGUUUUAUAAGUAGCCCAAUUUUCUUUCAUAUUUAAUUUUUUCACUGCGACAAUUUCUGCCGGCUAUGCCCACCAAGGAGUUUUCGGUUCUAGGUCUUUCUCCCAUAUUUUAGAUAUAGACUUUCUGACUAUAUGCCCUAGGAAGCCUUUAUGUACUUUGACUUUCUCAUAUAUUAGAUAGGGAGAGAGGUUGAGGGGUGAAGGAGCCAGAAUUCUUGAAAGAACAAAAUGUGGCGUUGCACCCAUUUACACAAAAACUCAUCAUUAAAAUAAUAAAGUAAUUCCAGUGAGAUGUUAAAAUAAGCAUUCAUACCAUAUGGAGCAAAACAAUCCCAUUUAAACAACAUAACAAUUAACAGGUAGAAAACAACAGAGCAACGUGUGGUAGAUCAUCUUUAUGAUGUCUAAGAGAAGGACAUUUUCCUUUUUUUUAAAGGGUCUGGUGUGCUUUGAGGAUGUCGCUGUUCAUUUCACGGGCAAGGAGUGGGCGUUGCUGGAUCCUGACCAGAGAGCUCUGCAUGAGGAGGUCAUGGAGGAGAAUCGUGGACUCCUGGAUUCUCUGGGUAAGGCUCUCUGAGGAUCAUCAUAUCUGUUUUGAAAUUCCAUAUCUCUCUCCUUGCAAUGAAUCUGCAAGGUUUGGAUGGAACUCAGUAGCGCUACCUACACCACCUGGAAAUCUAACGCCCCCAGAAAUCACUUGGAAUGGAGGGCAAUUGGCGGUGUUGUCUAUGAAUAUCCGUCAGAGUGGGUAGGGAGGUUUAAGUAGCUUCUGCCAGAUUUGUCUUUUUGCUUCUGUUGAUUUUGGUUGACUAAAGAGAUAACUGACAAUGGAUACAGAGCAGAUUCCAUGAUUGCACCAAACAAAAUUAAUUGAAUCUCAGGUUCUCAUAAUAAUGUCAGCUAAUACCAGCCAACAAAGGCAGUUAACUCCAUAGUAAGAACUCCCAUCUAAUUCCCUUCAGUUCUUCCUCUUUCACAACCGUUCAUUAGCACUGUUCAACAAUGAACAGUUGUGAAGGGUUGUUCUUCCUGAGGCUCUAAUUAGUUUCUCUCUAUAUAUAUACAGUGGUACCUCUGGAUGCGAACGGGAUCUGUUCCGGAGCCCCGUUCGCAUCCUGAACAGAACACAACACUGCUUAUGCACAUGCGCGUGACUUCAUUUUGAGCGUCUGCGCAUGCACGAGUGGCAGAACCCGGAAGUAACCCGUUCCGUGACUUCCGGGUCGCCGCGGAACGCAACCUGAAAACGCUCAACCUGAAGCUACUUUAACCCGAGGUAUGAUUGUAUUAGUAUAACUCUUUUCUCUUUUUAUUCCUUUCUCUUAUCAUAUUAUUUCUUUAUGAAUCAAAACUCAUUUCAAUAAAAUAUUAAGAUUUAAAAAAUAAUUCAUUUUUUUAUUGCAGUUGGUGAUGAAUUGGAAAUUAAUAACAAGGGGAACCAAGAAGGAAUCCACACCGUAGAGAAGCCAUAUAAAUACUCGGAGUGUGAAAAGAACUUUAGUGAGAGCUCCCAGAUCACUCCUCAUCAAAGAAAUCCAAUUGGGAAUAAACCCUAUCAGUGCUUAGAAUGUGGAAAGAGCUUCAGUCACAAAGCCAGUCUUUCUUCCCAUCAAAGAAUUCAUACAGGGGAGAAACCUUUUCAGUGCUUGCAGUGUGGGAAGACUUUCAGAAAGAGCUCAGAUCUCACUUCCCAUCAAAGAAUUCAUACAGGAGAGAAACCCUAUCAGUGCUUGGAAUGUGGAAAGAACUUCAGACACAGUAGCCAUCUCACUUCCCAUCAACGAAUUCAUACAGGGGAGAAACCCUAUCAGUGCUUGGAAUGCGGAAAGACCUUCAAUCAGAAGAGCAGUCUCACUUCCCAUCAAAGAAUUCAUAAAGGUGAGAAACCCUAUCAGUGCUUGGAAUGUGGAAAGAACUUCAGUCACAACGUAUCUCUCACUUCUCAUCAAAGAAUUCAUACAGGGGAGAAACCCUAUCAGUGCCUGGAAUGUGGAAGAAGCUUCAGUCACAGUGCCUCUCUCACAUCCCAUCAAAGAAUUCAUACAGGGGAGAAACCCUAUCAGUGCUUGGAAUGUGGAAAGAGCUUCAAUCAGAAGAGUAGUCUCACUUCCCAUCAAAGAAUUCAUACAGGAGAGAAACCCUAUCAGUGCUUGGAAUGUGGAAGGAGCUUCAGUCACAACACAUCUCUCACUUCCCAUCAAAGAAUUCAUACAGGGGCAAAACCCUAUCAGUGCUUGGAAUGUGGAAGGUGCUUCCGUCACAACACAUCUCUCACUUCCCAUCAAAGAACUCACAGUGGAGACAAACAAUAG